CUUUGGUGUGGUCGUCUAGCCUCCUCAGCUGUUCUCAGAUCAGCUGUAACGGACGGACCUCUCCAGCUGUGUGCGGCUCUCCAGUCCCGCAGACGGCGUCGGCCAUGUUGUUGUGUGGUGGGGGUAGAUGAGGAGAAGGAAAUUAAAAAAUAUAUUUUUUCUUUUUUAAAAAGAGGAGAAAACAAGAAGGAGCACGCGCGUCUGAGAAGGCCGGACGAGACGAUGGGCUGCAUCAAGAGCAAAGAGGACAAAGGCCCCACCAUGAAGUAUCGGCCGGACAUUUCCACGGCGUCAGACCCCAACGCCACCAUAACCACGCCCCACGUGGGCCACUACGGACCGGAUCCCACCCAGCUGCAGCAGAACCAACCUCCCUCCUCUUCAUCGGGCGCCGGGGCCGCAAACUUCAACCACAGCCUCACGCCGUUCGGCGGCGCGUCUGCCAUGACUCCCUUCGGAGGAGCGUCCUCCUCCUUCUCCGGUCCCGUGUCCAACUCGUUCUCCGGCGGUGUCUCAAGCGGCGUUACCUUCUUCGUGGCCUUGUAUGACUAUGAAGCUCGAACAUCUGACGAUCUCUCCUUUAAAAAAGGAGACCGCUUCCAGAUCAUCAACAACACAGAGGGAGACUGGUGGGAGGCUCGCUCCAUCAACACGGGGAGAAACGGCUACAUCCCGAGCAAUUAUGUGGCCCCAGCUGACUCCAUCCAGGCUGAAGAGUGGUACUUUGGUAAAAUGGGACGCAAAGAUGCCGAGAGGUUGCUGCUGAAUCCAGGAAACCAUCAAGGAACUUUCCUAGUGCGAGAAAGUGAAACUACUAAAGGCGCUUACUCUCUCUCCAUACGGGACUGGGACGAGACCAAAGGAGACAACGUGAAGCACUACAAGAUCCGCAAGCUGGACAGCGGGGGAUACUACAUCACCACCCGAGCGCAGUUCGACACAUUGCAGAAACUUGUCAAACACUACACAGAGCACGCCGACGGGCUUUGCCACAGGCUGACCACGGUUUGCCCGACAGUCAAGCCUCAGACCCAGGGGCUCGCUAAGGAUGCCUGGGAGAUCCCCCGGGAGUCCCUACGGCUGGAGCUCAAACUGGGCCAGGGCUGCUUCGGAGAAGUCUGGAUGGGCACGUGGAACGGCACCACCAAGGUGGCCAUAAAGACGCUGAAGCCGGGCACCAUGUCUCCUGAAGCCUUCCUCCAGGAGGCGCAGAUCAUGAAGAAGCUCAGGCACGACAAGCUGGUGCCUCUUUACGCCGUGGUGUCUGAAGAACCCAUUUUUAUCGUCACAGAGUACAUGGCCAAAGGAAGCUUACUCGACUUCCUUAAAGAGGGGGACGGCAAAUUCCUAAAGCUCCCCUUGUUGGUGGACAUGGCUGCACAGAUCGCUGACGGCAUGGCCUUCAUCGAGAGGAUGAACUACAUCCACAGGGACCUGCGCGCCGCGAAUAUCCUCGUGGCCGACAACCUGGUGUGCAAGAUCGCCGACUUUGGCCUGGCCAGGUUGAUAGAGGACAACGAGUACACGGCGAGGCAAGGAGCCAAAUUCCCAAUUAAAUGGACGGCCCCGGAGGCGGCCCUGUACGGCCGCUUCACCAUCAAAUCAGACGGAUGGUCCUUUGGGAUCUUACUCACUGAGCUCGUCACCAAAGGCAGAGUGCCCUACCCAGGCAUGGUGAACCGGGAGGUACUGGAGCAGGUGGAGCGAGGCUACCGCAUGCCGUGCCCCCAGGGGUGCCCCGAGUCCCUGCACGAGAUGAUGAAGGUCUGCUGGAAGAAGGACCCUGACGAGAGGCCCACUUUCGAGUACCUCCAGUCCUUCCUGGAGGACUAUUUCACCGCCACAGAGCCACAGUACCAGCCUGGAGAGAACCUAUAGCCUGCCUGGACCCGGAUCCCUACGCCAGGGAAGACACUUGCUUGAAGACAAAAGCUCUUAAUUAUUGGACACUACGAAAAGUCGACUGGAAACCAAACUAACCAGUCGCGUAAACCACUACUUGCUCUACCCGUUCUUUAUUUGUUUUGCUUUCAGCAUCCGCCAUCAUUUCAUUUGACUUUUUCAUUUUUUUAUUUGUUGUUGUUUUCAUUGAUGGUACGAGGUUAAGUCUUGUGUGUAAUGUUUGAUUUUUAAUGUGGAUUUCUUUUCACAAUGUACAUUAAUGACAGUUAUGCUAAAUACACUACACAUGUUUGGUUCUUUCUCAUGAACACAGACUAUUCCUGUAAAAAAAAAAAAGCUGUGAUAGUGCUUCGCAAUAGAAAAACAUGUGGUUUAAUGUCCCAAAUUGUAUUCUUUUGUGGUAAAUUGGGGAAUUAUGCAUCAAAACAAUCAUUAUUCCAUCCAUCCAUUUUCAAUACCGCUUAUCCUCAUUAGGGUCGCGGGGGUGCUGGAGCCUAUCCCAGCUGACAUAGGGCGAAGGCAGGGGACACCCUGGACAGGCCGCCAGUCCAUCGAGGGCAACAAUCAUUAUUAACAGAGAUAAUAUAUUAAACUAACAGGAAGAAGCUCUCAGGGGACUGAUGGUCAUUAUCACAGUCCAUUUGACAGUAACUAUUUAAAAGUAAAUCCCACACAGCUUAACUUAAGCUACAUUUCAUCAGCGGCAGUGCAAUUGAUUAUGUGUUACACAUCAGUGACUACAAUGAGACUGUGACAUGGUCUUUAAUGCCUUUCUUGUAUUUUAAAAUGCAUUUUGACUUUUUUGUUUUUAUAUUAUUUUCUUCUAUGUCCCUUUUGUUAUCACAAGACUUUUUCACAUUUUAUUCAUAUCACAUGGUUUCAUAGCUUCAUCUGAAGACUUUCCUGACUGUCCAUCUAGAAAUCUCUGCUCAGACUUUUAUUAUUAUUAUUAUAACAAUGCCAUAAUUCUCUCUGUCCCUCACUGAGGUUGUGUAAUCUCCCUGCGAUCACUACAGAGACAUAAAAGCAGUGUGCGUAAUGUGUCGGUGAGUUAAACAGUGAUGAAACUCGUGGACUCGCUGCUUCUCGCUGAGCCAGAAUGACACUUCACGGACACGACAUGAUUUCACGGGCUCUUUCUAAAAGUGGACAUCAUGAACAAAGCCAUGAAAUAAAUGGGAAACAAUCGUUUUAUUGUCUACAAUGUGACUAACUGAGGCACUUGAGACUCUUUCAUGUUCAUAUAUCCAAAGGGGCUCUGCAGAAACUAUUUGUAUAGCAAUGAUGACAGUUUUUUUUUUUUUUUACAUGGAUCCUAUCUCUGCAUUUUGCUCCCUUAUACUCAUUGAGACAGUAUUAUGGUGGGAAUAACACAAAUUGACGACUGGGCUUGUAAAAUUGUCAUUUUUUAAGAUUAUUAAUAGAAUCGACAAGAUUGCCAAAUAUAUUUGGGGAGGGGGGUAAUGGGUGCAGUCUCAUCUGGGGAGUUUGUACAAUAA